UACAGUAAACUCUUAUCACACCACAAUAGAGGAACUCCUUAUCAGGCCAUUACAAGGAUUUAUUUCUCUUUGACUUGACUUAUGGGUAACAACUCAAAAAGGAAUGAGGAAGUAUCCAAGAAUUACAGAAGGGGACAUUUUUAUUUAACUACGUACACACGGAGUCAGUCAUUCAUUGUUGCUGUGGUAAAGGAACUAGGAAGGACAAAUCUGUUCAGUCUAGGAGAUUGAAUGGCGACUGAAUCGAACUCUGGUCAAGGCAUCAGGGAAUAUGCAGAUUUUGCAACAGAUACGUCUGGAGCCAGCUGCUCUGAGAACAGCCUGGAGUUCAUCUGUGAGUUACGCCCAGGUAAGGGCCUCCAGGCUGGAGAGAGGCAAGAGAAAGUCCUGGUAGUGGCGAGGCUACCAGCACAAUGCAGUGUACAUCAGUUACGUCUUCGUAUCUGCAUGCAAACUCAAGAGAUGAACUGCCAUCCCGAUCCAUUAAGCCUGUUGGACCCUGAAAAGUUCAUACUUCUUUACCCCAAGGGAGAGGACUGGUAUGAGAUCUUUGACGACUGCCAGGUUCUCCGGACUCUGGAUGUGCCAUGGUCACGUGACUCCCGGGGACGGCAGGUAGCUUGCAUAGUGGUGUCGCCUCAGCCAGAUGACACAGAGGAGAGGCAGAGCCACCACCGUACCCUGGUCAACCUGAUUGGCCAUGACCUGGAUACAGUAGCAGCAAAUAGGCUCGGCGAGCUCAGCUUCACACGCAGGAAGCUGGCUUCUCCCCGCCAGGAAGAGCUAAGAAGGCGGGAUGCCAGGGCCUAUGCAACAGAGCCAUGGACCACCUCAGCCCCCUUCCCAAAAGUCCAGGAGGAACAGCUCAGCCGAAAGAUAUCAGUCACUAUGCAUCACAAUGACGUGUGCUUCAGUGUAAAGGUGGAUUUUAAUAUAACACCUGAAGGUCUCAUAAAGGUCUUCCGAGAAAUCAUGGUAGACCAUGCUUUGGAAUGUGAGUCUGGUGACAUGGUUCUCAAGGUCUGUGGCAGGGAGGAGUUCCUCUCUGGAGACUUCCCUUUCUCUGACUCCCUGUGGGUACGGCAGUGUCUGAAGUCCAUGCAGGCGCUUCAUCUGUCUGUGGUCCCCAUGGCGCAGCUUGAUGAGGACACUGUGAGGGCCGAAGACUGGCCCCUUGUGGACAGCUUCACUGGGCUUUCCAGCUCCCAUGAGGAGCUGGCCCUGGAGGGAAAGGAUGUGGACGACAUCCUCAUGAUUUCACUCUGGGACUGCAACCGCAAGUUCAGAGUGAAGCUCCUGGGCUUCGACAUACCCCAACCCCCUGGCAAGCCUCCUCAGUUCAUCCACGUGGAGGGCUCUAUCCUCUACGGGAGCAAGGUGGUAACCUCUGUUUGUUCCACACCCAAAGCCUUUGCUGAUGAAGUUCUGUGGAACGAGUGGUUGGAGUUUGAUAUCCUCCUCAGGGAUCUUCCCCGUGGAGCUAAGCUGGGCCUGACCAUCAAUGCUUGCACCCAUGAUAGCGCCGCAACAAAGGAAUUCAAGUCCCCAGCCUCUGGUCUUAAAGCUCCAGACUACCAGAGAGGGAAGGGAAAGCUGCUGUACUUUGUGAAUCUCCUUCUGAUAGACCACAGGUCCAUCCUUAGCCAAGGGCCACACACCCUUCACAUGUGGGCCUAUCCCGAGCUGGAGGAAGAGGCUUUUACCUAUAAGGCUGAUAAGCUUUCCUCUGCCACCAACCCAGACGUGGCAGAAUCCAUGGCUAUCACCUUCCUCCUGGACCGCUACAGUUUCCCUGUGGUUCUCCCUCACAGCACAACCUCCCCUGGAUCCUGCUCCCCUCUUGGUCAGUCUUUCCCCUCAUCCUCAUCCAACUCCAGCUUAUCUGAUAAAAGCCUGUCUCCCAUCGCGAGCGACACGUUUGCCAGAUCCUCCUCGUCCCCAGUGACCACAGACAGGGCCCGUCUGAGGAGGUUCAGGGAGGAGAGUGUCCAGUAUGCCUCCAACCUCCCCCAGUUCCUGCGCAGCGUAAACUGGCUAAGACCCAGCUCCGUGCAGGAUGUCCACUGGCUGCUGAGUCACUGGGAACCCCCAGACCUGGAUGUCUCCGUGGCCCUGGAGCUGCUCAGUGUGGACUUUGCUGAUGAGAGGGUCAGGAAGCUGGCUGUCCAGAGACUGGAGAGCUUGUCUAAUGAUGAGAUGCUGAAGUAUCUGCUGCAGCUGGUGCAGACUCUCAAAGUGGAGCCUUACCAUGACAGCUUCCUGGCUAGAUUCCUCAUCCAAAGAGCUCUCAGAAGCAAGAGGAUUGGCCACUUCUUCUUCUGGUACCUGCGCAGUGAGGUGGAGGGCUGCCCGUUCUUCCGUCAGCGUAUGGCUGUGGUGCUAGAGGCCUACCUGCUGGGCUGUGGCCAGGCCAUGCUGAGCAGUUUCAUCAGCCAGGUGCAGGCUGUGGAGGCACUACAUGAGGUGGCCAGUGUGGUCAAGAGACUCUACCCUGACAAGACGGACCUCCCAUCCACAGCUGCCCAGAAGCUUCAGGAGCUCCUGAGGACAUGUAAUCUCCCAUCAGACUUCCAAGUGCCCUUUGACCCACGCAUCAGAGCAGGCAGAAUCCUGCUGGACAGGUGCAAGGUUAUGGCCUCCAAGAAGAAGCCUCUGUGGCUGGAGUUUUCCUCCAUGGACUCUCCAUGCCCCUCUGGUCCCCCUGUAGGCAUCAUCUUCAAACAGGGGGAUGACCUCCGACAGGACAUGCUGGUGAUUCAGACACUGGUGGUGAUGGAUUCUAUAUGGCAGGAGAAAUCACUGGAUCUGAAUCUUGUGCCCUAUGGUUGCAUCUCUACAGGAUACAAUAUAGGCAUGAUAGAGAUUGUGAGAGAUGCCGUCACCAUUGCUGCCCUGCAGAGGAUCCAAGGAGGCACAACAGGAGCCUUCAAGAACGAUGCCCUGUUUGAGUGGCUCAGGGGGAAGUGUCCACUCCAAGAGAUUCACUAUCAGGCUAUGGAGAGGUUUGUUAACUCUUGUGCUGGAUACUGCGUGGCCACGUAUGUGAUGGGGAUAGGGGACCGCCACAAUGACAACAUCAUGAUUACAGACCAAGGGAAUCUGUUUCACAUUGACUUUGGCCACAUCCUGGGGAACACCAAACGGUUCCUGGGGGUUAGCAGGGAGAGGGUCCCCUUUGUCCUCACUCCUGACUUCCUCUACGUCAUGGGCAGGAUCAAAGGUCAACACAGUCUCUACUUCCAGAAGUUCAGGGACACAUGUACCCAGGCCUACCUGUCCCUGCGCUCCCACUCUCGCCUGCUGGUGACCCUCUUCUCCCUCAUGCUCUUGACGGGGAUCCCUGAGCUCAGUGCUGCAGAGGACAUGCGCUACCUCCGGGACGCACUGCAGGACGACAAGGGGGAGGACAACGCACGGGACCACUUCCACCAGCAGAUAGCAAAGUGCGAAGAACUGGGCUGGACAGUUCAAGCCAACUGGUGGAUCCACAUGUUGGCUGGCAUUAAGUAGAACCAACUUCCAGAAACCCAUUUAUGCCUGAGAUUCAUUGAUUUUGUCAUUUGUUUUUAAACCCAACAGAAUCAGGUGUUACACAACAGACUGACAUUGACAGGAUGAAGUACUCAAGUGUCAGGCCAAAUUCAAAUCCUGCAUGAGGGAGGGUUGCUGUUGUGCACCUGUGCGAUAUGCUCCAGCUGACUAGAAUAAAUUGUGUUGAUUCGAAUAAAUUGGUAUGAUAGCAUGCGGACAAUGUAUUACUUCCUUAAUGAUAUUUGAAAUGAUACAAUGACUAUGAGGUUAAAGUGCAGACUGUCAGCUUUAAUAUAUCGGGGGAACUGUUUAGAAAUUACAGAACUUUUUGUACAUGAUACCCCCAUUUUAGGGGACCAAAUUAUUGGAAAAAAUGUACUUAUGUGUAUUAAAGUAGUCUAAAGUUUAGUUUUGGGUCCCGUAUUCCCAGCACACAAUGAUUACAUCAAGCAUGUGACUCUAAAAAGUUGUUGGGUGCAUUUGCUGUUUGUUUUGGUUGUGUUUCAGAUUAUUUUAUGCCCAAUAGAAAUGAAUGGUAAAUCAUG